AUGAUUGCCAAAGCUGCAUUGAUCUGGUUCCUGUCUGCGACAGAAGGUUACGCAGUUGGCACCAAGUUCCUCCAGAAGAAGCGAGGUCUUCCUGUCGAGCCCUUUGGCCACAGGUCGGAGCAAACUACCAAGCCACUCUUCCAAGUGCUCGACCUCAAGAAGCCGACUGUGGUCGAAGGCCAGUGCCUGUGCCCUACAGGUCAGUUCUGGAACAUUAAAGAGGGCUUGUGUUUCAAAAAGUACGGUGCCGGCAUCGGGUGCGAAGCAUUCCCCCCGGAGUAUCAAAAGCACAUCUGCCAGGAUGGUUUGCAGUGCAGGGCAGAGAAUGGCUCCAAUGCCUCCUGUGUGGCCUGCGCGCACGCGACGGCCUUAUCUUACAGAAUGCAGCAGCAGUCCGCUUCCUUGUCUCAAGGCAUCUCGGACAGGAAGCUUUCUGAAGGCCUGGCAUGCUGUGGCCCUUGCAGCGUUCUGAGAUGUUCUGCGUCUCCGGAUCAUGUGGAUUGGUCGGCACACUUCCCGUUCUUCUUCGAGUGUCCGCAAGAUAGGCUGCAGCUCAACACUGCAGAGAACCCUAUCGAGUAUCCGGGAGUCGUACCAGAUGAACGGAAUGGCAAGGCUGGCCCUCACCAAGUCCGCUUCUUGGAUGUUGGCUGCGGCUUCGGCGGCCUUCUCAUGGCACUCAGCCCCAAAUUUCCAGACAAGCUCAUGCUUGGAAUGGAGAUCCGUGAACAGGUCACCAACUAUGUGGGGAAGCGUAUCCAAGCAAUGCGCCAGGGAGCCGAAGGAGAGCCCUCACACCACAACGUCUCAGUAAUACGCACCAACGCGAUGAAAUUCCUGCCGAAUUACUUCCGGAAGGGCCAGCUGGAGAAGAUGUUCUUCUGCUUCCCGGAUCCACACUUCAAGCGAAAAAAUGCUCGCCGGCGUAUCAUCAGUUACGGACUCCUGUCCGUGUAUGCGUACGUGAUGGCCCCUGGCGGCCUGUUGUACCACGCCACCGACGUCAAAGAUCUCCAUGAAUGGAUGGAUACAGCCUGUGAGGAGCAUCCGUUGUUCAGACGCGUACCUCCAGAAGAGCUGGAGGGCGACGCCUGCCUCGAGGCUGUGACCGCCGAGACGGAGGAAGCCAAGCGGGUCAAAAACCUCGGCCGAUUCGGUCAUGACGUGUACUUCAGCGUCUUCCGACGGGUCGGGCCGCUGAGUGACGGCGGAUAG